AUGAUUGAACUUCCAAUUCUGGGAGAUAAAGUAGAAGACACUUAAACACAGGAAUACUUUGAAGAGUUUAAUGAACGUUAUGAAUUAAGAGUCUACUAUUAUGAGGAAGACAAUAAUUUUAUGAUUAAGAUUCUAAGAAUAGUAAGUCUUGGACUUUUUUCACUUUUUGAAAAAUGGUUUGUUUAGGUAUCAUUAUUAAGGUACUUUGAAUUUAUUUAUCAUAUAUAGUUUUUAGAAGAGUACAAAUCCAUCUCAUUUAUUGAUUUAAAAGAUGAAAGAUGGUAAACGAAUGAGUAAAGAUAAAAUCAUUAAAUGUAAGAGGGAUGGAGAUAGGAUUAAAUUUAAGUAUGAAUAUAUUAACUUUCUAAUAACUCCAUAAAAUUAAUUGAAAAAGUUAGAAUUGAUUAAUUAUGAUUAUAAUGAAUUAAGUAAAUAUGAAGCACAACAAAGGUAAAUUUUAUAUGGAGAAAAUAUAAUGUAAAUUGAAGAAUGUACAAGAAGUUAAAUAUUAUUUAAUGAAAUCUUAUCACCAUUCAAUAUCUUUUAAGUAUUUUCUUUCAUUGUUUGGUCUCUGGAUGAUUAUUAUCUUUAUGCUAUUUUGAUUGCGAUUUUAACCAUAAUAUAAAUUACCAUUAGUUUAUAUGAUUUAGAAUAACAAAAUCAUAAAAUAAGAGAGAUGAUUUAUUAUGAGAAUUCUGUUAUUGUUCAUAGAGAUCAUCAUUAAUUAAAGAUAUCUUCAAAAGAUUUAGUUCCAGGAGACAUUGUUUAAGUUACAGCAAAAUCUAUGAUUACUUUUGAUGGUCAACUUGUUUAAGGAGAGGCUGUUUUCAAUGAAGCCAUUUUAACUGGAGAAAGCACUCCAAUAUUAAAAACUAUCAAUUUAGAAAUAUUUAGUGGAUGUAGCUGUUUAUCUGCAAGUUAAGAUUGUAGAGCUCUAGUGAAAUCAAUAGGUUUUAAUACUAUAAAAGGAUCAUUAGCUAGAUAUAUAUUAUUCAAUAAUUCAUAUACUUAUUCAUUCCAAAAGGAAUCACUUAAAUAUUUGUUUGUUUUAAGCUUUUUAGGAAUAUUACUAUCAAUAGUUAAUUAUUUUAUUCGUUUAAAAUCUACAUAAAAUAAUUUUGGAAGCAUCAUAGAAGCUCUUGAAAUAUUUACAAUAAUGAUACCUCCUUCAUUACCUACUGCUUUAGGUGCUGGAUUAUAAGUGGCAAAUUAGAGAUUAAAGGCAAAUAAUAUAUUUUGUAUAAAACCAGAUAAAAUUAAUGUAAGUGGAAUGGUCAAUUUUAUUGGAUUUGAUAAGACAGGUACAUUGACUGAAUCAACACUUAAAGUUCUAGGAUGUGUAGAGAAAAAAUUAUUAAUAAAUCCUAAUCAUUGUAAAGAGAUUAUGUAAUUAGCAUUAAAAAGUUGUCAUACUCUUGUUGGUGGUUGUGGAGAUAAUUUAGAAAUAGCUAUGUUAGAAUGUUGUUAAUAAUAAUUUGAUUUUGAAUAUUAGAAAGUUUAUUAAUUUGAAGCCAAUCUUUAAAGAAUGACUGUAAUAAUUAAAUAUAAAGGAAAAUUAUUAGCUUUAACAAAAGGAUCACCAGAAAUAAUGGAAAGAUUAUGUUUUUAAACAAUACCUGAUUAAUUUGCAUCUACAGUUAAUCUAUAUUAAUAAGAGGGAUAUAGAUUAAUAUCAUUUGGAUAUAAAGAAAUUAAUGAUGUUAAUGAAGAAAGAAAAUAUAUUGAAAAUGGAUUAUAAUAUCUUGGAACUUUAGUAUUUGUAAAUCAUUUAAGAGAAGAUUCUAAAUAAUUAAUUGAAUUAUUGAAUUCAAUUAAUAUUAAAUGUAUUAUGGUAACAGGAGAUAAUAUAUUAACAUCAAUUAAUAUUGCAAAAUAAUGUUAGAUUUUGGAUCCCAAUUAACCUGUUAUUACUGGAUAAAUAAUUAAUGAUAAAUUAGUAUUUGAUAAUAAUAUAAAUGUUGAAGAAAUUGAAUAAAUGAAUUAUUAAGUGGCAUUGACAGGAGAUUCUUGGGAAUGUGUUGAUAAAGUAUUAAUUAAUAUUAUUUUUGAGUAUCCUUGAAAAAACUAAAGUGUUUGCUAGAAUGAAGCCUUCUUAAAAGGGUAAUCUUAUGAUAAAAUUUAAGAAUAUAAAUAAAGGAAUAUUUACUGCUUUUGUUGGUGAUGGUUGUAAUGAUAUUUGUGCACUCUAAUAAAGUGAUAUUGGAUUAGCUUUAUCUAAUUAAGAAGCAUCUUUAGCUGCUCCAUUUCUUACACCAAUAAUCAGAGUUUCAUAAAUUAGUGAAAUAUUGAAAGUAGGAAGAUGUGCUCUUAUCACUAGUUAAUCUUGUUUUAAAUUCAUGACUCUUUAUUCUAGUAUUUAAACAAUAGCAUUGACAAUAUGUUAUAUUAGAAAUACUAAUUUAACAGUUGAGUAAUUUUUAUAUUAGGAUUUGUGGAUUAUUAUACCAAUUGCAUUUACUAUGAGUUUGACAAAACCAUCUGAGACUUUAACAACACAGUAACCAUUUGUUAGUUUAUUGAAUAGAUAAAUUAUACUAUCAGUUGUUGGAUUAUUUUUUAUUUGUUGUUGUAGUUAAGUAAUUUCCUUUUUAACAUAUGAUUAAUCUUUAAUUACAGAAUUAAAUAUGGAAAUGGCUAAUUCAAUUAAUACUUAAUAGAUAAUAUUGGCAAAUACAUAAGUUAUUGCUGUUGCUAUUGCAUAUUCUUAAGGUAAACCUUUCAGAUAACCUAUAUACAGAAAUUAUUCUCUUUUAUUAGUUUUGUUUAUUGGAAUGGUUGUGCAUGUUUUGCUCACUAUUAAACCUAACAUUAUUAAUAUAUCUGUAUUAUAUUAAUUAACAAAAGAUGAAUUAAUGAUGACUGGUUUGAUGAAUGUAGCUGUAUUUAUUGUCAUAAUUUUAUUUGAGAAUCUGUGUAUAAAAUAAUAUAAGAAUUAAAUAAUAGGUCAUUGA